AAACAGUCACUGAACAGAGACUGAGGGGGAUGGCUCGUCUGACACUGGUUCUCCUGUUGCUGGGGCUUGGUGUGGCAGUGAGCACAGUGGUGGAUCUGCAGAAGAGAAUCAUUGGUGGCAGAAAGUGUGGACCACUGGUUCGUCAUUACCAUGUGAAAGUGAUAGGAAGGAAUGGCAAGUAUCGUUCCUUCUGUGGUGGCUCUCUGAUCAGUGACGAGUGGAUUCUGACUGCAGCUCACUGCUUUAAGCCUGGAUGUGAGCUGAUGGUGAUUAUUUCUAUACUGCAGAACUUUAAUGAUGAUGAGGUCAGACAGUGUGGAUUGCAGGUCAUGGUGCCACUGGUGGAGGACCGAAUGACGAACGACGGUUUGAUAAGGCCUCAGGAUGUGACUAGCGGCUUUGCAGAGGUCAUUAUUUUAACAGAAAGUUCAGUCGUGACAGAGAGAACUGCAGCAAUGACUCGCCGGAUGCUUCUUCGCUUAUGUCUGUCUAUCUGUGUGACAGUGAGCACAGCGCCGGAUCUGCAGAAGAGAAUCAUCGGAGGUCAUCAGUGUGAGCGUCGGUACCAUGUCAAACUGAGAGGAGUUGCUGCCGACGGAUCUACCAGCUCGUGUGGAGGCUCUCUGAUCAGUACACGGUGGAUUCUGACUGCAGCUCACUGUGUUGAGCCAGGAGGGACUGUAUUUGCAGAUUUAGGUGUGCUUCUACACGGUGCUGCUCAAGAAGUACAAAUCACAGCAAAUCCUGUCAUCUAUACUGACAAAGACAACAACGGCAAAGACAGAUUUCAUGACAUCAUGCUGCUGCAGCUACCUGGCACCUCUGACAUUCAGCCUAUAGCCCUGCCUGACUGUGGAGACCAACCCAGAAUAGUUGAGAUGGCAGGCCACGCUGCCACCAGUGGAGGCCCUAGUGACAGAAGGAGACGUGGUAAAUCACCUACUCUCCACUGUGCAGACAUCGAGGUUGUCGACUGUGAAGACCUCGAACUUACUUUGCAGGAAAAAUCCCCAAACGUCUAUCACGUCAAGAAGUACCAACACUGGUUCUGUGGCCAAAGUCCUGGAGUGGAUAUAUGCUGUGGCGACUCCGGGGGAGGAGUGGUGCAUAAAAACAAGAUUCAUGGCGUCAUUUCUUUUCUCGGAGAUCGUCACUAUGUGUGUAGGAAAGCAGCUGCUUUCAUGGACCUCUGCAAUCCUGAAUACGCAGCUUGGAUCACCAGAACUAUUACCUGACCAAAAUGCUGUGAGGUGUGGCUGACUGGCUGAGAUGCUUUCAUCAUAAAUAUUGCUUUAGAUUCAAUCUCUGCUACUGUUGUUUUGCCUAUUUAUGUUUCUGCAUAACCUAUUUACCAUAUGGAGCAGUUUAAGUGAUUUAAUUGAAACAAUUUUGGAUAACUUCAGUUCCUAUUUUCUCUUUCAUUGGUCCAAAAAUGCAGAGUUCCUUAUAGAAAAAUAUACAAAUUAUCA